UUCUGUUUUUGAUAAUAAAUGUUUUUCUUUUGUGAAGAAGGGUUGUGUCCGUGCUUUUCGUUUUGUAUUUUUAUUUACUAGACUUUAAUGAAUAAAGUGUAAAAAUAUCAUAACAUAACAUUGUUAUUUUGCAAAGCCAAAUUAAUUAAUCACAUUUCUAUUCGUUAGUUAUUUAUUCAAUAAAAGUCUGUGUAUCUAUUUAACAUUUUAGCUCAGUAAGGAUUAAUCAUCGUUUAUUAUUAUGUAGAUUCUAAAAAUGUUUUCUUCCUAAAUUUCAAUCAAAAUGCUGGCUCCUGGUGUAAGGAUUGUUAGAGGCCCUGACUGGUCCUGGGGAAAUCAAGAUGGCGGCGAGGGCCAUGUUGGAACAGUUUGUGAAAUUGGCAAGGCAGGAACUGUAGGAUCGCCUGAAAAAACUGUCGUAGUCCAAUGGGAUAAUGGUACUCGUACAAACUAUAGAGUUGGUUAUUGGGAAAAAUAUGACCUCAGGGUCAUUGAUAACGCACAAAUAGGUGUUAAACAGCCAAAUAUAAUAUGCGAUGGUUGUAGUGUGCAAGGUAUAAGUGGCAUGAGAUACAAAUGCAAUCAUUGCCGAGAUUACGAUUUGUGUUAUAUGUGCUAUCACGGAGAUAAACACAACACCACGCACACUUUUAAAAGAUUUGACUCCGUGACGUCCUUAGGGAUUGAUUUACCGCCAAGAUCUGAAGAAAGAAAAUGCGAAUUGAGGGGCAUUUUUGUUGGAGCCAAAGUUGUAAGAGGUUUCAGUUGGGAAUGGGGAAACCAAGAUGGCGGAGAAGGUAAAGCUGGUAUUGUCUUGGAUAUAAGAGGAUGGGACAAUGAAAGUAGUCGAUCAGUAGCGAAUGUAAGAUGGUUUUCAGGAUCCACCAAUGUAUAUAGAAUAGGUCAUAAGGGAAAUUGUGAUAUAAAAUUUUUAGAAUCUGCUUCUGGUGGAUAUUUCUAUCCAGAUCAUCUUCCAAUAUUAGGUCAAAAUAUUGAUCCAGUAGUUAGACCAGGUAGAUCUGGUCCUUGUCCAUUUACGGUAGGAGAUAAAGUCCAAGUAAAUGCUUCAGUAGAACAACUUAAAUCUAUGCAACAGGGUCACGGAGGAUGGAAUCCUAGAAUGGCUGAGUACAUUGGUAAAAUCGGUACAGUUCACAGAGUAACCGACAAAGGAGACAUUAGGGUUCAAUAUGAAGGUUGCAACAACAGAUGGACUUUUAAUCCGAUCGCUUUGCACAAGGUAAACAGUUUUGCUGUCGGAGAUAUUGUUACUUUGAUAAGUGAUGUCGAAAAAGUCAAGGAACUUCAAAAAGGACAUGGUGAAUGGAUAGAAAUUAUGAGAAAUUCUCUGGGAAAAUUAGGUAAAGUACUCAAAGUGUAUUCGGAUGGUGACUUACGAGUUCAAUUGGAAGGACAUGCUUGGACGUUACAUCCGCACUGCGUGAGAAUAGUGCCGGGAAGUGCUGCCGAGCUCGCAAAUACCAUGCAUGCCGUACAAAAUCAAAGACAAGAACCUUCAAUUCAAUGGUCACCUGCCAACCAAGCCGAGGUCCAAAGCAACGGUCUAGCGGAUCAAUUAGUUAGAGCUGCCGCUCAAGGUCAUGCGGACGUAGUUCAAAGGCUGCUGGAGAACGCUCCGCGAGAAACGGUGGAUGCCCGAAGUAGCGGCAAAACCGCGUUACAGGUGGCCGCUCAUCAAGGACACGCGCACGUCGUAGCGAUGCUAUUAAAAUACGCUCCGUCGGUUAAUGCUAGCGAUAAUGACGGUGAUACUUGUUUACAUUAUGCUGCGUUCGGAAAUCAACCGGAGGUGCUAGAUUUACUAGUAAAAACUGGCGUCGAAUUAAACGCCGCCAACCGUAGCGGAUGCACUGCCUUGCAUAUAGCAGCUCAUAAACAACCCGCCAAAUGUAUUCAGAUAUUAUUAGCUGCCGGCGCUGAUCCCAAUUGUACUGAUCUGUAUGGAGAUACGGCGUUGCACGAUGCCAUUGGAAAGGACAAUUUUCAAGUUAUCGAGUUGCUGUGUAAAGCUCAAGGUACUGAUUUUACUCUAAGAAACAAACGCGGCUUCAACGUAUUACACCAUGCCGCGUUGAAAGGAAAAACUUUCGCCACUAGAAAGUUGCUCAGCGUAGCCAGGCAACUAGUAGACGUGAAAAAGGACGACGGUUUUUCGGCGCUUCAUUUAGCGGCUUUGAACGGACACAAAGAUGUCGUAGAAACGUUAGUCAGAAUGGGUCAAGCCGAUAUCGAUUUGAGAAAUAAUCGAAAUCAGUCUGCACUGUUAUUAGCCGUUAGCCAAGGACAUUGUGGGGUAAUUGAACUACUCGUCAGACUGAGAGCAAAUAUUAAUGCCAAAGACGAAGAUGAAGAUGACGCGCUACACCUUGCUUUGACCAAGCUAAACCAUAUUACCGGCGAAGCUAAUCGUGAUGAUAGUCCGGGAAUUUAUUCGAUUUAUAAGAAUUUAGGGCAUUUUCAAGAAUGUCGAUUGGGCAUAUCGAUAGCUUGUUUUCUGGUACAAAUGGGUAUUGACAUAGAUGCUACCAAUAGUAAGAGCCAGACGGCGUUAAGUUUGCUCCAAGAUGAACACUUGCAAGAGCUCGUAAAAAGUUACAAACCCAUAGCCUUAGAAAAUAAUCAAGUAGAUACUAACCAACAAGAUGUGUGCAAUUUAGAAAACCUAAGUUUGGCUGAUAAUCAACGAGAGGGAUAUAAUUUGCCUGAUACACCUUCAAAAGCUAAUCCCAGUAAUGAGACUAGUAGUAGAAGGAGUCGACAGAGGGUAGAUAGGGAUAAAGUGGGCACUUCUCAAGACAACCGUACCGCUAACCAAAUACCCAAUAAGCCGGUGGAAUGUUUAGUUUGUUCCGAAUUAUCCGAAGAAAACGUCCGUCUCGAACCUUGCAAUCACAAACCGGCUUGUGAAGACUGCUCCUCCCGAAUGAAAAAAUGCCUGCAGUGUGGCCAACCGGUUCAAAAAAGGGUCACCAAAGAUGGCAGAGUCAUCCCGGCGAAAAGCCGACAACCGAGUGCGGAGCGCAUGCGAUACCUCGAAUGCAAAAUUCAAGAAAUCGAGGAAAGUCACGCUUGUAGUAUAUGCAUGGAACGCAAACGAAACGUUGUAUUUUUAUGCGGACACAGCACUUGCUCGAAAUGCGCGGACACUUUAAAGAUUUGCCAUAUGUGCAGGAAAACGAUUACCAAGAAGAUUCCUAUUUAUUAGUUGUCUCAAAUGAGGUUAGAAUUUAUUUUGAAUUAUAAUGUACAGGUAUUAUAGGUGGGUUCUAACUUGUGUGAAUUAAUUUGCGAUAAAUGAAUCAAAAAAAAAGUUUUAACGGAUGAGUACUAGUAUUAGUAAUUUAUAAAAGUUUUUACUGUAUUUUAACCGAAAUGAUGACUAAUUAAUAAAUUGAUAGAAUUUGCAUUUUAGAAAUACAUGAUCUAAUUUUUUUAAUUUAUUUUAUUUAUUUACGGGCCUUGCCCACUUUCACUACAAAGUUACAAAUAAUUACAAAAAAAGCUCAAACACAAAAUGAAGAUCCAAAAUAGCUUUACUAAAAAAAAAUAGAAAAAACUGAAAAAUGAUAUUUUCUGUAAACCAAAAAACAAACCCG